UUGCUCAACGUGUCAAUGUUAAGAUGCCUUCCUAUCGUAGCUGGACACAGCUUUGGUCUGGUAGACAGCACAGACUCACGCUGUGACCAGUCUUUAGUUGCACUGGGGCAGUGUCCGGUUUGCAGGUGCGGGGGUGGUUGUGUGUGUAUGAGAGAGAGGAUGAGAAACAAGGCUGCGGUCUGACUCUUUUUGUUCCGGUAGUGGCUUCUCAGAACACUUUGUGUCCGUGAGCCCGGUGCAUGGGCGAAGGACAAAGCAGAGAGAGGGAGAAAUUUCAGUAUCCAGUCUCGGAACUGUCAGUUUCUGCAGGGAAACGGGUGGAAGUGUUUACGAAUCGUGGAAAAAGGGGAACUGUUGCAGUGUGAUACCCGACAGAGAGACACAAUCCCCGGGACCAAUGGAUUCACUGACCCUCAUCCUAUUGUCUGGUGUCAUUCCACUUUACUUGUGUGCCUCCUCCAGUGACUGUGAUGACAAGACCCAGUAUUUCGAGGGUGGCAAGUGCUGUUUCAAAUGUGGUCCUGGUUCGUUCUUGGCGGCGAAAUGUAAUUCGAACAAAUACUCGAGUUGUGAACCUUGCCAGAGAGGCUUCUACCAACCUGUCUGGACCAUGGAGGAUCAUUGCCAACCACACACAGUUUGUGAUUCAAAAGGUGGUUUUGAAAUCAUGCAAGUUGGUGACGGGGUGAGAAAUGUGCAGUGUCUGUGUAAACAAGGGAUGCAUUGCCCUAAUAAAGACUGUGAGAUCUGUGAGCAUGAUACGGCAUGUCCUCCUGGUCAAGGAGUCAAAAUUCCAGGUGACCGAAAAUUUCAGGCAACAACUUGCGAGGAUUGCGAAACUGGAUUCUAUUCAAAUGUGACGUCUUUAACGGAACCUUGCAAGAAAUGGAUGGACUGCUCAUCAUUCAGUCUGAUAGAAGUCAGAGCAGGCACCACACAGAGCGAUGUUGAAUGCGGUAUCCCAUACCAGAGCAAUGAAUCCUACAAAGUUGCAAUUGGCUUUUUGGCUGUGCUGCUUAUCUUGUGCAUAGCUUUAUUUAUCUGCAGCAGGCUGGGUUAUCUGGAUCAAGUUUUUGAUUUCAUUCAAAGAAAGAAGGAGAAUGACCCUGAGCGGGUCGCCCAGGAAACUCAUCCGGGUGAUCCAAUUCACAGCCCAGAGAUGGAGCAAGGAGGGAGCAUUAGCAUGCACGCGGCAGUCCAGGAAGUAGGCAAGGACAGCCGCCCCUCGGAGGAGGAAGGGCAGACCCUGCUUAACACAUCAGACACCUCCUAUGUGUAUGGGGCUAGUGCCAAUGGGAAUGCAGGGAGAGUAUGCGUGGACUGAGGAACAGCGGUGUUGUGAGUCGGAACCUGAAACCAACAAAUCCAGGAUUCAAAGACUUGACCUUGGAUUCCUACAGAACUUGCUUCAAGACUGCAUACCGUAUAACGGUCUCAUUCUGCAUUCACAGCAUUUUUUUCUAAAUCCUUGUAAUCUUGACCUCUAUGCGUGAUAAGUCACCAGAAGGGUUACUUGCUGGAACAGUACAACGAAGGACACCAAUACUGUUAUCAGUGACCACUGUACAGAUGGGUCACUCUUAAAACAGAUCGGAUUGUGAUGUUUCUUGGUUCUGUCUUUGGUGUCCAUAACUGGUGAAUCUUGCAUAAAGGGUGCUGUUACGUUUGUCAGAACUUGGGUGCAUUAGGUGCAGAAACCUAGCAAUGGUACUCAGCUGAGGGCUUUAUCAUCAAUGCCCAACAAAUCCCAUAUGGAAGUUAAUCUGGUGUGGUUGCUAGGCAGAAUAUGCUUUGGCUUGGAAUCCCACCAUCCCCUCACCUCCCAGCACUUGUUACUUGUUCACUCCCAUCGAUCUGGAUUGUGGCUCGAGAGUGGGCAGCAUCUGCCAGGAGAUUUUGCAUCGCUGAGACACCAGCGAAAGUGCCAGUGAGGGAGGGCUACUAGAGAGGCUCCAGUGCAGGGCUGCCAGUGCAUGAGAGGCACAGAGAGCUCAUGGGGCCACAGAAGUAGAGAACUAAAUGGAACUGUACCCUAACAGGAAUUGUCUCUGUCAGGAAAAGGAGUGAGAUUAAAUAGACGAUAAUGAUAACAAGAAUGUAAUCCCGGCCCGGGGUUUCAGGUGGCAAUGAAACCAGCUGAGCUUCACAAUCGCUCUUGAUAAAAAUCGUCAGAAACUACAAUAUUUGCUCUUACUGAUCCAAAUAUGCACAGCACAACUCCAUAGCUGAUUGGGUGAUCAGUGACAGCCUGAUUCUGUUACCUUUCAUUGAGGAUUUUUUUUUGCUGGUUUAGUCAACAAAGUUCCCUGUGUUAAUGAGUCAGACCUGAUGAUAUUAGCAGUAAAUGCCAUGAUUAUGCAAUUUUAUCUUGUUUCACUGGGGGGAUGCAUCAGUGGAUUGUACAGUAAACCAAGUGGAUAGUUGGGAAUUUGGUGCAAUUGGGAAUUUGGUGCAGAGUGGAAAGAGGCCUUUUCCAGUAUUGGAUGUAGAAAAACAUUUCCACGACACUAUUUCAGAAAAAGAACGGGGAGUUACCUGUGGUAUUGUGCCUGAUAUUUAUCCCUCUUGUCAACAUCACAAAAGUAGCUAAUCCAGUUGUUAUUGUGUACGUUGUUUUGGAGCUUGUGUGUAAAUUGGCUGCUACAUUUCCGACAUUAUGGCAGUGACUGUGGGUGGAGUGUUAUAGUGGUCUAAACGAUGUGAGCUAUGGUAAGUUUUGUGGGAAAAUCAGACAAGAUGUCCAUCCAGGACUAUCUCAAUGUCUAGAGUUCCUCACUGCGUAUCUUAUGCUUUUGCCGAGUAACGUGGUGAGUUUCACACUAGUAGCAGGGAGUUGCCGAUUAAGAGGGGUUAUUGGUUGUUAGGUGCCUCAUUAAUGCCACAAAUUGCAUUACUAAUAUUCAGUUUCCUACCUUACUAAACGUGUUAAACAAGCUUAACUUCGAGAAUUCUCGACAUGGAAGUCAGAGUGGGUACCUGGGGACUUAAGCUUAUCAAUUGAAUUCUGAAGGACCUGUAGGUUCGACACCAGCCUCCAACAUCACAGGAUACGGUUGUGGGGUAGGAAUGAACUGUUCUGUGAAGAUAGAUUUCCUUUAAGCUGAGCUGUCACCAGUAUUCUAGUGAGUAGGCUUAGCUCAGCUGGGAGGGAGAUUACAGAUAGUGGUCAUUGUAUGAGUCUGAAGAGAAAAGUUGAGACGAUGAAGCAAAGUAGCAAUUUGGGUAAAAUCAAGCAGAUAAUGUCAGGAGGGGACAGAGAGCAUAUUAAUUUUAAUAGAGCAUUAGUGACUCCAGUCAUGUCAAGGAAAAAUAGUAAAUCAUUCAUAGUAAAGGUGCUUUACCAGACUAUCUGGAGUGUUCUUAAUAAGUUAGAUAAAUGAAUGGCAUGAAUAGAGGUAAAUGGUUUGAUCUAAUAGCUGUUACUGAAACAUUCAUGUGUGACCAAGAUUGGGAACAGAACAUUUGGAGUAUGUGACUUCUUUUGGAAAAGAUGGGCAAAAUGAAAGAAGUGGUAGGCAGCUCCAAUAAUGAAGGAUAUGGUAAAGGCAACAGGAGAAACUAAUUUAUCCUGGAAAAUCAGGAUGUAGCAUUUGUAUGUUUGCAAUUAAGAAAUAAUGGAGCGUAGACAACAUUGAGUAGUUUACGAUGAUCUAACAGUAAUCAUAUUGUUGACAGAGUAUAGAUUUGGAAUUUAGAAGAGCAUGGAGCAAGAUGAGUGCAGUAAUUAUGAGGAACUUCAAUUUUUAUAUAAACUGGAAGAACCUCUAGGCAAGAGUGAUCAUAAUCUGAAAGAGUUUCCUAUUGAGUUUGAUUGUGAUGUGAUCAAGUCCAUAACUAGGGUCUACAGCAAUGCCUUAGAUGAAGGAACCAAGAAUAAUGUUUGCUGAUGCUGCAAAGCGAGGAGGGCAAGUCAACGCUGAAGGAGAUGUAAAGAAACUGUGAAAAGAUAUGGAUAGUUUACAUGAAUAGGCAGGAAAAUGGUCAACUUUGAAAGUGAGAAUGAAAAAGCAGAAUAUUUUUUUCAAAACUGAGAAGCUAGUAAAUGCACUGUUCAGAAGAGUUUGUGGCUUCUUACAUGAAACACUGAAAGUUAAUAUGCAAGUGUAGCCAGUAAUGACUUUAAAAGGAAGGAAGUUUUGGUGGAGUUGUAUAGGACUUUGUUGAGACUGCACCUGGAGUGUUGUGUACAGUUUUAGUCUCCCUUCCUUAGGCAGGAAUUACUUGUCUCAGAGAAUGUACUAGAAUGAUCCCUGGGAUGAAAGGGCUGAACUAUACAGUGAGAUUGAGUAGAUUAGGAACAGAGGAUUUAGGAGUGGGAAUAGGCCAUUCAGCCCCUCAAACCUGCUCUACCAUUCAAUAAGAUCAUGGCUAAUCUGUUUGUGGCCUCAGAUUCGUAUUCCAUCUGCUCUACAUAACCCUUGACACUCCUUGUUUGUCAAGAACCUAUUUAACUUGGCCUUGAAUAAAUUCAGUAACUUGGUCUUCCCAGCUUUCUUGGGAAGAGAAUUCCACAGACUAACGACUAUGUCUCCUCUCCGAUCCUUGCUCUAAUUUCUCUUCUCUGGUGUGUGGACCUCUGAGGUCUCAGUGGAGCAGCCUCUUGUGAAAUUGCAAGUUAUUUCGAAUGGCUUAUUCCUGCUCCAACUUCUUGUGUUCUUAUUGAGAGUUUUGAAUAAUGUAAAAGUCAGCCAUUAUAACACUAGUGAAUUCUUGGAUCAUUUAGAAGGUGGGUACAGUGUUUAGCUGCUGACCUGACCUGUCCCUUCAAGAGCAUAGUUGAACAUCAGAUAAUUGUAGAUAAUGUGUACAUUUCAGAUUGCAGUUCAGCAACCGCUCUCAUUGUUUCUUUUGACUAAGACAGUUUCUAAUUUAUGUCAACAAAGUGAUGUCUGGAGGGUAAGUGUGUACAAACAUGAACUUAUGUAUAUGUUACAAAUAAACUUUCUGUGGUACUGUUUCAUCAGGAUGAAAGAAAUAUGUCAAGUAAUGUACAUUUAUAAUUCUGGUGCAAAAGUGUACGUGCCCUGCCCCUUUAAGACUACAAUGGGUAGCUGCUCAGCAUUUUGUAUGUAUUUUUAAAAUUAAUGCCUGGGUCACUCAUGUUAAACUGGAAUACUAUCAAGCGUCUCUUAAACAAUUACCAUCAGUCUGUGUUAUACUUCAGGAGUAGCUCAAAUCUCUUCUUUGUAAAGGGGGCAAAAAAUUAGAACUCUAACUGAAUUAUCAGAAAAAAAAAUCUACCAGUUAAAGAAAGGCAAAAACUGAGCCAAUUGACUCACUCAAUAUGUGACACCAGUUUAAUUGGGAGUAUUUACUUUAAAUGUCCACUUCCUCCACCACUGACCUUCAGUAACAGCAGCGUGUACAAUCUACAAGAUACAAUGCAAGGCUCCUUAGGUACCAUCUUUCAAGUCCACCUGCAAAUUCCGCUCCAAGCCCACUGACCAUCCUGACUUGGAAAUAUAUUGCCAUUCCUUCAUUGUCACUGGGUCAAAAUCCUGGAAUGUCCUUCUUGACAGCACGGAGGCUGUACUAGCAUGAGAUGAACUGGAACAAUCCAAGAAAGGGCCUGGUCACCAUUUUCUUGAGGGCACUUAAGGAUGGGCAACAGAUGUUCACCUUGAAUCACACCCACGUCCCAUGAAAUAAAAACAGAAGGCACUACAGAAACUCAGCAGAGGUCUGUGGAGAGAGGAAAUGAGUUAACAUUUCAAGUCCCAUUUUAGUUUCGGUGGAACAGUCGUAUUCAAUUCUCUUGAUAUUAACCAAAAGUAGAUUGUGCAGCCCAUCAGCAUGUGGAGUCUCCCUGACACUCAGUAACCAAGCCUCCCGUCGAGGGGUGAGCACGACCACUGUCUUAUGAAUAUCUUGGGAGAGAAGAAGGCAAAGGUUGUAAACCCUGACUUGGCCUCUGGGGGCUCUGUUCCAGAAUUGUUGACUGAUGUCUAACUAUGUCAUCUUUCUGCUAACUUUGCUGCCAAAUGUGGUGCUUUACACUUCUUUAGACUCAACCAAUGAGGUUGAUUGGGAGCCCAUGGAAUUUAGGAUCUCUGUAAAUUUCCCUGAGAUUGUGCCCUCGAGAGAGAACUCCAGUUUUGCUGUAUGGCAUUAACAUUCCACAGGAAACCGAGUGGACAACCACUGUCCAAGCCAUCAUCUUACCAGUUGGAAGGCUACAACCCAUAAGCCUAUGUCUCUGUGUCAUAUGUUUGAUGUCUUCAAAAUGCUGUUACUAACUAUUUGAUUGUUCUAGGGAUCAUUACGUAAAGACAAGUGCCUUGCAUCUUCUCCUAAAUGUUUAAAAAUACUUUUUUCCCAGGCCAGAGUCCACCCAUUCAAUUCAAGCAACAACUUUUUUAUGUCUGUCUAUGGUUGGAACUUGAUUUCAAUACAGAAGAAAAAAUUUUCAAAAUCUUUUGUUGCCGUCUUCAUUCAG